AUGACAAGAAGCAACAAGAAAAGUAUCUCUAAGUUCAAGAGUGGUCUUAUGAAAGAAUUUGAGAUGAGUGACCUUGAUAUCAUAACAUACUUUCUUGGCGUAGAGUUCCACAAGUCAAAAAGGGGAGUGCUUAUGCACCAAAGGAGAUAUGCUAUUGAGAUAUUGAAGAAGUUUGAUAUGGAGCAUUGUAAUGUUUCCAUUACACCAGUUGAACCAAGGUUGCAGCUGUCUAAGCAUGAAGAGGAGAAGAACGUAGAUCCAACUAAAUAUAGAAGGUUGAUUGGAUCAUUAUAUUACUUAUGCAAUACGCGACCAGAUUUGGCGUUUAGUGUCGGUAUUGCAAGUAGAUUCAUAGAGAGACUAAAGGAGUCUCACUUGGCAGCAGUCAAGAGAAUCCUAAGAUACGUCAAAGGAUAUAUUGGCUCCGGAAUUAUCUUUCCCGCACUGGAUACGAACAUAAAAUGA